AGGCUCGGCGGCCGGGCGCAAAGCCGCGCGGGCCCGUGGGACGGCCACCCCUCCGCGAAACGUCAGUGGGCGGGCCCGGGCCGAGGAUCAACCGCCGCAGCUUCCGGUUCCGAUGACAGCGGCGCUGGAAGCCGGGGCCAGGGCUACUGGGCGAGUUGUCGGUCCCGGGCCGGGAGCUGGAGUCCCAGACUCAUAGGUCCCGGCCCAGCCCUCGAAGAGCCGCCUCUGCCGGGGUAGUCGCUCGGCCUGAGUCCAGUCGUCGUGCUACGGCGCUGGGUCGGAGGUGAGCAGGCCGAGGCCACCAUGGAGCAGUGUGCAUGCGUGGAGAGAGAGCUGGACAAGGUCCUGCAGAAGUUCCUGACCUACGGGCAGCACUGUGAGCAGAGCCUGGGGGAGCUGCUGCACUACGUGGGCCAGCUGCGGGCUGAGCUGGCUGGUGCAGGUCUCCAGGGGACCCCUCUCUCGGCCACCCUCUCUCUGGUGAUGUCACAGUGCUGCCGAAAGAUCAAAGAUACUGUGCAGAAACUGGCUUCGGACCAUAAAGACAUUCACAGCAGUGUAUCCCGAGUGGGCAAAGCCAUUGACAGGAACUUCGACUCUGAGAUCUGUGGUAUUGUCUCAGAUUCGGUGUGGGAUGCACGGGAGCAGCAGCAGCAGCAGAUCCUGCAGAUGGCCAUCGUGGAACACUUGUACCAGCAGGGCAUGCUCAGUGUGGCCGAGGAGCUGUGCCAGGAAUCAAUGCUGAAUGUGGACUUGGAUUUCAAGCAGCCUUUCUUAGAGCUGAAUCGAAUCCUGGAAGCCCUGCACGAACAAGACCUGGCUCCUGCGUUGGAAUGGGCCGUCUCCCACAGGCAGCGCCUACUGGAGCUCAACAGCUCCCUGGAGUUCAAGCUACACCGACUGCACUUCAUCCACCUCCUGGCGGGAGGCCCUGAGAAGCAGCUGGAGGCCCUUAGCUAUGCCCGGCACUUUCAGCCCUUUGCUCGGCUGCACCAGCGGGAGAUCCAGGUGAUGAUGGGCAGUCUGGUGUACCUGCGGCUGGGUUUGGAGAAGUCACCCUACUGCCACCUCCUGGACAACAGCCACUGGGCAGAGAUCUGUGAGACCUUUACCCGGGAUGCCUGUUCCCUGCUGGGGCUUUCUGUGGAGUCCCCCCUCAGUGUCAGCUUUGCCUCUGGCUGUGUGGCACUGCCCGUGUUAAUGAACAUCAAGGCUGUGAUUGAACAGAGGCAGUGCACUGGGGUCUGGAGUCACAAGGACGAGUUACCGAUUGAGAUUGAACUAGGCAUGAAGUGCUGGUACCACUCUGUGUUUGCUUGCCCCAUCCUCCGCCAGCAGACGUCAGAUUCCAACCCUCCCAUCAAGCUCAUCUGUGGCCAUGUUAUCUCCCGAGAUGCACUCAAUAAGCUCAUUAAUGGAGGAAAGCUGAAGUGUCCCUACUGUCCCAUGGAGCAGAACCCGGCAGAUGGGAAACGCAUCAUAUUCUGAUUCCUACCUGGAAGUUUGUUGAAAGCAGUUUUCACCUAUGAGCCUUGCUCUGUCUCAGUAGGGUGGUUAGCUUCAGUGGACUGUGGUUGGUUUGAGUGCUUGGCUGAGGAGUUCUGUGGAGGGUAGGAUUGCAGCAGCCCUUUGGCAAAGGCUGAGGAGGGAGACGGACCAGCCCACACCUGGCAGCUGGCUCUGUGGCAUAAGGAAAGGGAGAUGCUGGCCUCUCUGCUGCUGCUGUGUCUUCCUGUUUCUAUUUGCCCUUGACUUAGUAGCAACCAACAGAGUGGCAAAGGACCUGGUCUUUAGCAGCAGACAUCCUUCCAUGCCUGCACUCAGCCAGGUCUCUUGCUGCCAUGCCAGUGCUAUGUCCACCCUUGUCCCUCGGCCCAGGGGUGUCCAGUGGUGGCCCACAUCUUCCUCCCGCUGUACAGCCUCAACUGUUAUGUACCAUCUCCCACUGUAAAUAGUCCCAGUUAGAACGGAAUGCCGUUGUUUUAUAACUUUGAACAAAUAUAUUCACUGCCCUUCUCA